AUGUAUACAUUAUGUAGGGCUUACAACUCCGCUGAACAGGAUGAUUUGUGGCGCUUUUUAACUAUAGAAGCCAUUGCAGCUGGCCUGCUAGAUCGAAACACCACUGUUAAAAAGAUUAUGGAUACGUGGACUUUACAAAUCGGUUACCCUGUACUCACCGUUACACGUUAUCCGAAUACGCAUGCCAUCCGCAUGGAGCAACAGCGUUUUAAAUUUUCAAAUCAGUCCGACUCGCAAUACUCUGCUGAGGAUAGAAAUCCCCUCUGGUGGAUACCAAUUACAUAUACAACUUCGAAAGAGUUGAAUUUCGAAAAUACACGGCCCAUCACUUGGGUGCCACGCAGCGAAGUUUACGAAAUUGAAGAUCGUAAUCUCUCCACUGCGGAUUGGUUUAUCUUUAAUAUCCAACAAACUGGAUAUUAUCGUGUCAAUUACGAUGCUUAUAACUGGAAAGCUAUUACAGCUCAUCUAAUGCAGCCACAGAAAUAUAGAAACAUAGGUCCAGCGAAUCGUGCACAAUUAUUAGACGACGCAAUGAAUUUGGCACGUGGUGAAUAUUUGAGCUAUGAAACAGCAUUGAAUAUGACGCGGUAUCUCAAUCAUGAAUUGGAUCUGGUGCCAUGGAAGGCUGCUAUAAACGCAUUUAAUUUCAUCGAUUCGAUGUUGGUUAAUCAGGGCGACUACGAUCUGCUGAAGAACUACCUUCUGGAUCUCAUGGAGAACGUUUACAAAGACAUUUCGCCAAAUAAUUUCACAGAGGAUGCCGACGGAGGGGAGGAUAUGUUGAAA